AUGGACUACAACACAAAUAGAAACAUGGAGAUUGAGGUUAAUGGAGACAAUUAAUAUUCAUAGCAAUUGAUUCCCAUCUUUAUGCCUCAGAAUUCUGAUAAAAUUAAAAUUUAAAUAGCCACAAAUUGGAAAAAUAAGAUUGUGAUAUCUGUUAAGAAGAAUAUUACUAUCAGAGAACUACAAAAAAUCAUAGCUGAGAAGUUCUAUCAAACAUUUUUAGCUUUUUCUGAAUAGGGAGAUGAUCAUCAACACAACAACAAUAAUAACAAUAAUCAUCAUCAUUAAAGUAACCAAAUUCCAUUGAAAGUAGAAGGAAUUAAGUAUUAAGAUUGCACAAUCCCAUUGAAUGAAGUAGUUGAAGAUAUAGUAGAAUAUAAUGCUUUACUUACAUGUAUCAUUUCUCCUUUGAAUAAAAACGAUGACAAAACAUUAAAAAAGCUAAACUAAUUACUUCACAAUCAGUCUCAAUAAGCUCAUACUCUUUCUGCAAACGGAUUACAUCAAAACGGUGCUCAUAAUUAGCAAAACUAAAAGAUCUAAUAAUAGUAGUAAUAGUAAAAUUAGCAACACAAAGCAAAUUAAUAAAUUCACAAUGGAGAAAAUAUUUAAUAAAAUAGCUAAUCACAAUAAUCUUCCUCCAACAAUAAAAAGAAUAAGAAGAAAGAAAAAAAGAAUAAAAACAAGCAAAAGUAAGCUGAAUAAAUUAAUUAACAAGUCUUAUAAGAGUAGUAAAAUUAGCAACUUUAGAAACAAAACUCUUAGCAUCAAUAAUAGCAGUAGUAAUAAUAGUAGUAGUAGUAAUUGGUAAAAGAAAAACCUACUUAAAAAAAGCCUGAGUAGAAGUAAUAAUAGCCUACUAAAGAAAGUCAUCAUCAUGAAAAAAAAUAAGCAUCUAAUUCAUAGUCUUAAGAAACUAAAUAAUCAACAGUAGAACCUAAAUAAUAAAGUUAACAUUAAUAACAAAUGUAGUAACAAUAAGCUCAAUAAAGUCAUCAUCACAGUCAUCACUAGCAAAACGCUUAGAGUAGCUAAAAUGCAUAAAAUUAAGUUUAAUAGUAGUAAUAGUAGUAGUCUUCUAGUGUCAAAGCAUAAAUGCCAGAACCAUAAAAAAAGCAAAAGGUAGAAACAAGCAGUAGCAGCAGUUAAAGCAGUGACGAAGAAAUAGACCUUUAAAAUCUUUUCCCUAGUCCAGCUAAAAAGUCUCCUAUUUAAUCAACCAUCCAAAAAUAAUCAUCUACAGUUUAAGAUUCUCAUUAAAAUAAUAACAAAAAAAGUGAUAAUACUCCUAAAUCAUAAGCCCAAAAAGAAGUUACUCUUAAUAAAUCAGAUUCUGAUUCUGACUCUGAAAGUGACUCAAAUAACACACCAAUUUUCCCAUUUAGCCAAGAUAAAAAGCAAUAAUAAAAUAUUCAAAAGACAGCUCCUAUCACUUAAGUAGAGAAGAAGGAAUCUAACCACUAGCGCAAAUUGAGUUCUAGUAGCAGUAGUAGUAAAAGUAGCGAUGAUAGUGAUUCUAAUAAUGUGUUAGAUAUUUUCUCAGAAAAGUCUAAAGUUUAAAAACCUGCUUAACAAAAAUAACAAAACUAAUCUCCUAAAACACAACCUCAAUAAUCAUCAUAAACCAAUAAGAAAUAGAGCGUAGUAGAAUAGCCUUAAGUAGCUGCAACUAAUAAAAAAAAUGGUAAAAAUAAUUCUAAGCAAAGCAAUAACAACAGUAUUAUCUAAGGAUCUCCAAAGAAUAAUUCGAUUUAAAGUCAAGAAAAUAAAAAAAAUAACAGUUAUGCUGAUGAUGAUAGCAGUUUUGAUUUAUCAUAGUUCUAAGAUCCAAAAGCUGCAAAAAAGCCCCCUCAAAAGAAAAAGAGAACAAUAAGCUUCGAAGCAAACGUAUACGAAGAAGAAACUUCUAUGGACUCCUCUGAUGAUUCAAAUGAAGAAGUAACAAAGAAGAAUAAUAAAAAAUCUGACAAAUUCCUCAGUAAAUUAGCUAAGAAACUUGAUUGA